AAGAGCGGACUAGCUGUUGUACAUCGUUCAUCGGACAUCGUCAAAAAAACUGGCCAACGCAAGCGACAUCGACAAGCAACAAAGACAGCAAAUCUCCACCCCGUAUCGCCUCGAACAGACCCGUGACCAAACCUGUACAACCCUUCAUAACAGAAUAGCAGUGCAGGCCAGAACACCACAAUAUUCACGUGUGCAGGUGCAGUUACGUCCAAACGCCGUUGCUGAUGGAAGUCCGGGGGUAUUAUUGGUGGUGCUGGUUCGGUGUCCUCCUCACCCUGGCCACGCUAUUGGGGGGCACCCAGGGAGCUACUCAGGGCUCCACUGGACGCCGCUUCACGGCGGCGGUGUUGGAGCAUGCCGUGCUCCUGCCGUCCCCCCGCGCACAGGGGACCCUGCCCACGCGGGCAGAAGCCCUGACGCUCAUGCACAGCAACCUGGACAUCAUGGAGCCUCUCAUCCGCAAGGCGGCCAGUAUGGGAGCGGAUAUCGUGGUGAGUCCGGAGGACGGUCUGUACGGAUGGACACUCUCACGGGAAGAGGCGCAGUUCUACAUGGAGGACAUUCUCGAUCCGAGCACUCAGCCUGUCUGGGUGCCCUGUGAACAGCCUCCCAGCGCAAACGAUCUGGAACCGGGCUCGGUGCUGUCGAGGCUCAGCUGCCUGGCGCGCGACCUUAGUGUGUACCUGGUGGCGAACCUGGGCGACGGGAAGGAGUGCGACAGGGGGAGCGACCCGCGCUGCCCACCGGACUCGCGCUACCAGUUCAACACGGACGUGGUGCUGGACCGGCUCGGCCGCCUGGUGGGACGCUAUCACAAGUAUCGACUCUUCAUGGGCGAAGAUCAGUUUGACCAACCUGCUGAGCCCACACAGGUCAUCGUGGAAACAGACUUUGGGCGGCUCGGGGUCUUCACAUGCUUCGACAUCCUGUUCCGCGCGCCGGCCGUGCAACUGGUGGAGGAGGGCGCCGUCGACACGGUGCUCUUCCCCACAGCGUGGAUGAACGUGCUGCCGCACCUGAGCGCCGUGCAGUUCCACUCGGCGUGGGCCAUGGGCAUGGCCGUCAACAUGCUCGCCGCCAACACGCACAACACCACCAACCGCAUGACCGGCAGCGGCAUCUACAGCCCGGACGGCGCCCGCGCCUACCACUACGACGCCGUCACCGGCAACGGGCACCUGCUGCUCGCCGAGCUCGACGUGAGCCCGCGGGCUCCCGGGUACCAGCGGCCCGACUGGGGCCGCCACGCCUUCGCACUGGCGCCCCCCUCGCCGGGCGCCUCGUCGCCACCCUCCUUCACCGCCGACGUGUUUCACGACCCCUUCACCAUGGUGCUGCUGGCCGCCGGCGCCGGGAACGCGUCCGUGUGCCACGGGGAGCUGUGCUGCCACCUGGAGUUUGCCACGGAGGCGGCCGAGGAGCCGCGGGCAGCCGGGGAGCUGCACGCGUUGGGGGCGUUCAGCGGCCUGCACGUGGUGGAGGGGCAGUACUACCUGCAGAUUUGCACGCUGCUCAAGUGCGCCGGAGCCGAGAAGGAGACGUGCGGCCAUCCCACGAAGGAGGCAGCCACGCGCUUCUCCCGCUUCUCUCUGUCCGGGACGUUCGGCACCCGCCACGUCUUCCCCGAGGUGCUGCUGAGCGGCGUGGAUCUCGCUCCAGGGCAGUUCCAGGUCCUGGACGAUGGGCGUCUUAUGAACUCGGACGUGGGCCUGCAGGGCCCUCCUCUGUCCGUCACGCUGUUCGGCCGCUGGUACGAGCGAGACGAGGGUGAUUGCUGUGGUGGAGGCCCCAGUGGCCCCGGUUCUAUCGGACGGGGCCGCUGGCAAGUGGCGAUGCUCGGGCUCUGCACGGCGGCGGUGGCGACGCUGCUGACCGGCGUUGCGAUGCGGUGACUCAUGUGGACGGGGCGCUGAGACUCCUACUGCUGUGGAGGAGGAUGAGGAGGAAGAGACGGGAACGACGAUGGGAGAGCGAAAGGGACGAGCGAUGAAGGGGGAAGGGUGGGGAGGGGGCGCCACGAAAUGGCGUGGGGGGACGGAGCACGCUGUUAUAGGGAGAGUAACGAGACUGGCCAAUCAGAGUACUGGUCUUAACCCCAACACUAACCCCAACCACACGAGCCAACCAGACCCAAGCACUACUCACCUUAACUCGAACCAAACUCUCCAACCAGAUCCGAGUCUAACCGCUAACCUCAAGCACACUCGGCAACCAGACCUUAACCCCUAACUUCACUGACACUACUCAACGAGACCCUUUCAUUACCCCUAACCUGUCUCCAGUAGCCAACCAGACCACAACCAUAACUCUAACUCACAUGAGCCAAACACACUGGCCUAUAUUGACCGCCCACCUAUUUACUGCACCCUAGAAUCGCCACCCGUGCCCACAUGGUGAAUGAUUUCACGAGCUGUAGAAAUUGUGUUUGUUUUAAACCGAGAUAAAUUUAGUGGAGAGGGACUUCAUUAUUCAUUGCGUGUUGACAAUUUUGUAAUUAUGCUUUGUAAUGACGCUUGGCCCGAGUUGCAUGCAUUGAGAGCCCCUGCCAUUCAUGACCGCUUUCUGCCUGUUUAAUCGGUACUGAUUAAAAACAAAUAAUGUAAA